AUGUAGUAACAUUAUUCAUAAUAGCAUAUGGUUCCUGGAUAUCAAUAAUAACAAAGGAAUGUAUCUAGCUCACCAAUGUAAAGACAAUUACCCAUGCAACCUUUCACUCCAACAUCAAAUUUGGGAGGGUAAAAUGAAGGGAUGAAACCAUAUUCAACAGAUAUGAGAGAUAGAAGUAGAUAAAUGCAAAAUACACCUUAAUAUAAUGGAUAAUCUUUAGAAAGCAUGGCUCUAAGAAUACAGACCCUUGAAAAAGAGAAUCAUAAUCUUAAAAGAUAGUUAGAAAACGCUAAUCAUUAGAUUUAGGUUUUGAAUCAAAAGAUGAAUCAAAAUCCAACUUAAAGUCUUCUUAAAACUACAACCUUUGAACUUGUUGUCUUAUAAAAGGCUGUAGAAUAAUUAGAAGGACUUAAGAAUGGACUCUAGAAAAAAAAAUUGUAGGGAAGUAAUAAUCAAACCACAUUACCUGAUUCUUAAAAAGAAGCGUAUAGUGAAUUCAAAAGUAAAGUUACAGUCAUGGAAGAGAAGCAAUAAUAGUUAGAAUAAUAAUAAUAAUCUUAAGUACAUAAUCAUAUUAAGUUAGACUAUGCUCUUGUUUCCUAAAGAACAAUAAGUUUAAAAUUUACAAUCAAAUCGUCCAAUAAAAGAAGAAGUAAAAGAAGAACCAAGAUAAGGAAGAAGAUAUAAUGUUAAUUCUCAAUCUGAUUAAGUUGACAAUUAAACUAAAGUAAGUCCAAUUAAGUAUUUGAAUGUAAAAGCUGGUAUGAGUCAAAAUGCCUUAAGAGUAUCCCCUAGAAGAAAACCAGAUAUAUAGUAAAAUUGAGUAAGAAUAUAAAGAUGAAGUGAUUUUGUG